CGGAUAUGAAACUUAAAUGUGCAACAUUCUUUACACUCUUAUUGACUAUUGUUACACGUUUUUUAAUUUCCCUUCUAUAAAUUCAUGCCAGUCUUCAGAUAAUUGUAUCUCAAACCACUUCCACACGAUCGAAGGCCAUGGAUUCUCUCACUCACUUCUUCUCAAUUUUGGGGCUUCUAGCUCUCUUGCUCCACUUUUACUUCAAAAGAAUCAUACCUAAGAGUACUGAAGCAAGCAAGGGCAGGAGAGUUAUAGCCCCUCAACCAUCUGGGGCAUUGCCCUUGAUAGGCCACCUCCACCUUCUACGGGGAAAAGUCCCCCUUGCCCGUACGCUCGGAGCCAUGGCCGACAAACACGGCCCCAUCCUAUCAGUCCGGCUCGGUAGCCACAGAGCCCUGUUGGUCAGCAGUUGGGAGUUCGUGAAGGAGUGCUUCACCACCAACGACGCAAUCUUUGCGUCUCGGCCGGUUAUGGCCGUGAGCAAGUACCUUGGGUAUGACCAAGCUGUGUUUGCUCUGGUGCCGUAUGGACCAUAUUGGCGUGAGGUUAGGAAGAUUGUCACUCUGGAACUGUUGACGAACCGCAGGCUAGAGAAGCUGAAGCACGUCCGAGAAUCGGAAGUGGAUUUUUGCACUAUGGAUCUGCACUUACUAUGCACGAAGAAUGGAGACUCGCCCACCCGGGUAGCCAUGAACGAGUGGUUUGAGUACUUGACGUGCAAUAUAAUCAUGAGAAUGCUAGCCGGAAAGCGAUUUUCCGCUAGCACUUGCGACAACAGUGACACGGAAGAGGGCCAUCUGAAAGAAGCCAUCAGGAAAGCGCUGUACCUGAGUGGAAUCUUCGUCGUUUCGGAUGCCAUUCCGUGGCUUGAGUGGGCAGAUAUCGGUGGCCACGUGAAAGCUAUGAAGCAAACUUACAAGGAAAUUGAUGCAGUUCUUGGGAGAUGGCUCAAAGAACAUGUUCAAAAGAGCAUGGAGAUCGGUGAUAAUAUUAAUGGUGGUGAAGCCGAUUUCAUAGAUGUUAUGCUAUCAGUCCUUGCAGAGGACACCCCAAUGUUCGGCCACGAGCGGGAUACCGUCAUCAAGGCAACCACCCUGAUCCUAAUCUUGACCGGGUCAGAAAGCACAGCAGAGACACUGACAUGGGCUCUCUCCCUACUUCUCAACAACAAACACGUACUGAAAGCUGCACAAGACGAGCUCGACACCCAAGUUGGACGGGACAAAUUGGUGCAAGAAUCCGAUAUCAAGAACCUAAUAUACCUCCAAGCCAUUGUCAAGGAAACGCUCCGUCUCUACCCUCCGGGCCCCCUAUCGGGACCCCGCGAGGCCAUGGAAGACUGCACCGUCGGCGGCUACCACGUCCCGAAGGGAACCCGUUUGAUCGUGAACCUGUGGAAGUUGCAGAGGGACCCGCGGAUGUGGCCAGAGCCCGACGAGUUCAAACCGGAGAGGUUUCUGAGUGAGCGUGCUGAUGUCGGGUUCAGAGGACAGCAGUUCGAGUACAUUCCGUUCAGCUCGGGCAGAAGGAUGUGCCCCGGUGUUACGUUCGGGUUGCAAGUGGUUCACUUGGCACUUGCUCGUUUGAUCCACGGGUUUGAUUUGACGACACCGCUGGGUGAUCCGGUGGACAUGAGCGAGGGAUUGGGCAUUGCAUUGCCUAAGAUACAUCCGCUUGAAGUCCUGGUUAAACCGCGACUUCCUACCCGGGUCUACUAUGGAUGUUGAAACGUUGGAAACAAUUGUAGUACCGAUGUUUAUUGGUAUUGUCAACAUGGUACCCCUUUAUUAUGAGUAGAAAAAGGAGAAUAAUCCGUCGUUUGAGGACAAUACAUAAUUGGCAUGGCAUGUGUAAUACAAAUCUUUAGCUAUCAACGAUCGGAGAGAUUUUGCGUACGAA